AUGUGUCAGCCGAACGACUGGAGAACAUACUACCUGGGAAAGUGGCGUGGAUACCCCACCGGAGCCGCGGCAGAAUCUGAAGUGUGCGCACCUUUCCCAGCAGUUUCACAAGGACUUAGAGCUGAACUAGUCAAAGCCAUCUCGGCCUCCGGAUCCGGGCCUCGUCGACCACUUGGUCCCGAAGGCCAAGCAAAGGCGAGCAGCCAGUCGGUGGGAGCAGGAGUUCAACGUAGCCACCUGGGACUCACCACUGUGGACACGAGGGGGACCUGGAUAGUGUACACGAGCGAGCUCCGUGUCUCCGUGUGGGUGAGGGCGUCACCCCUAAGCAGGCAGCCACGGGCUGCGAGUGCCAGGACUGGGGAUGGGCUCCGGUUGGAGGCUGCUGCCCGGAGCCUCGCUGCACAGGUCUGCCCUCCACGAGCCGGGCCACGUGCGUGUGAGCAGGGCUCCCCAUCCUGUGCGACCCACCUGCCGCCGUGCUGUGAGCGCCCCACCUGCGCGCUGCUGAGGGGCGUUCACCAUGACCUCUGCAUCUUUGGCACGGAUGAUGGACGUGGCUGGGGCCACACGGGAGAGGGUGAGAAGGACAGCUUCUCGUGGAGUAUCGCAUCACCUACAAUGGAUGCUGCUACUAUGGCAACAGCUCCCGCCUUGCCGAUCACAGUUGUGACCCCAACCUGCAGGUGCACAAGGUCUUCAUAG